AUGACGGCGGCCUUCCCCGAGAGCCACGAGAAGGCCCAGACGAUCUACCGGUACAUCGUCAAGCGCUUCAUCGUCUCCAACGUGGACGGGACGGUGCGGUGGAAUGAGAACGUGCAGAUCGACUACGACGAGGAGGAGGAGGCUCCGCAGGGGGCGGAGGCGGAGGCGAGCGAGGAGGCGACCUCGCCCCGGGGGGCGUCGUCGGCCGGGAAGGGGGAGAUGACGGCCGCGCGGCUGGUGCUCUCGCGGGCCGCCACCGUCGCCGCCCCGGUCGUCGAGCAGCCCUGGUGGCGAAUGCGCGCGGUUGCGUCGAAUUCGACAAAGGGGCCGAGGACGCACGCGGCGCACGUGGAUGCGGCCCGGCGGAUGAUGCAAAAUACGCGGACUCAACCUUCCUCAUCGUCGCGCUACGGCUUGAACUAUAACCAGCCCGUUCCGUUUUACGCCGACUUGAUAAUUGAUCCUGAGGCUGAAUUCUCAAGCACCACGUUUGAGCAUGAGCUGCGGCGUUUGUUUAAGAAAUACGACGUUAAGAAGUUGGGGUAUCUCGAUCGCGAUGAUUUUAAAAGGGUGUACACGAGUCUGGAGAAUUACGGGUUGGAGCCCUCACAGGCGGAUAUCGAACGUCUGUUCACACGCUACAGUAAGUCUUCUAAAAAGAUCUUCUUUGAUGAAUUUUGCGUGUUGAUGCUUCAACGUGUGCAUAUGUAG